AAUUAAUCAAUGAAAUUGUUAAUGAAAUAUCAUUUUUCAUUCUUAUUUAGUUGUGAACUCACCAACUCAGUCAAUCACUCACUCACACACUCACUGAUACGGUCACGCACGCACGCACUCACACGGUUACCAUAGUGAUCAGAGAUUAUAAUAGAAUGUAAAAUAUGAUUGGUUAAAACUUGUAAAAUUGAUUGAAUCAAUCAUAAAUUGAAAUGUAUUUACAUAUAUAAUAAUAAUCAGCAGAAUGAAUCCAUUCCUGUUAGAUUAGCUUCUAUUGAAUGAGUCCAAUGAACAAAUGACGGAACAUACUCAUCAUAAUAAUAUUCAUCAACAUCAUGAGAAUAUUAAUUCUUUGUCCUCAAGUCAUAUAGCUAAUGGAAAUGAUGGUUUAUUUCUUAGUUAUACCUAUUUAGGUAUAGUUCUAUUAGGUUUAGGUCUAUGGUGGUGGAUUCAAGCAUUAAAACAACAUUAUUCAUUUAUAAAACAACAACAACAACAACAACAUCAUCAUCAUCAUAAUCGUAGUGAUGAACCAUAUCCUACAACAUUAUCAUCCAAUAGAUCAUGGUGUUGUAAAGAUUAUUUAGGUGAAGGUUUAUGUAAAGUAAUUUGUUGUAUCAUUGGUAUCAGUGUUGAAUGGAUCACAUUGAAAUUAGGUCGUCAUUAUGAAUAUGCACAAUUUCCAUUUUAUACAGCAAUGUUUAUAGUUGGUUUAUUGGAUAUAUUCAUGUCUACAUUAAUCGCACUACCGAAAGGAUUUCAUUCUAUGAUGCAUGCAUUACCAUUCUUUAUACAAAUGUAUUGUUUACGUGCUCAAUCAUAUCAACAACCACAUAUUACAGAGACAUGUUGUUUAUUGAUUAGUUAUUGGGGAUUUAUUGUUGCUUUGUCCAUUAUACAUGAAAUGAUGAUGAUGAUGUCGACGACGACGAUGUCUACGAUGAAGUGGUUGGGGAUGUCGAUGGGGGUGAACAAUUCCUUAUUAUGGACAUGGAUCAAAUGUUUCAGUGUAAUGAUACAUGGAUCAUGGAUAUGUCAAAGUGGAUUUUUAUUAAAUUCUCCAUUCAAUCCAGCAUGGAAUGAAAGUGAUCAUGAUAAAGUGAUGUUAACUGUUGUUAUAUUUGUAUGGCAUAUGUUUAUUGUUAUGAUUGGGCAAUUAUUCUUACUAAUUAUAAUGGCUAAAUGUUAUGGUGUUUCAUCAGAUUGGACUGAGGUGAUGAAUUCCUCGACGUCGAGAAACACAUCAUCAUAUAAACAUGAUAGACACUCAUUGAAUAAAUCGAAUCCUACCAAUCAAUAUGAUGAUAUUGAAUAUACCAAGCUGCUGAAUACAGAUUAUAUUGAAUAGUUGUGAUGAUCAUUGGGACUAAUAACAGUAAUAAUACUAUUGAUAUUAACAGUCAGCACACUUCUCUUAUUGUUACUAUGGUUACUAAUGAUAGUGAUGAGAUGUGAUAUGAUAUUGGCGGUUGGAUCGAUAAAUGUGAACUUGUGUUAUUUGUAUUGUUUUUGUUUUGUUUUCUUGUGCAGUUUCCUAUUGUUACCUUUAUUUUAUUAAAAUCAAAAUGAUAAGUGUUUUGUUUUAUUGGCCUGUAUGAGUAUUGGUCAAUGUAUUGGUUGUAUAGAUUGUUCCUGUUACCAUGACCCAUAGUUUAUGGAGAGAUUUGAUGUUUGUAUGAAUAAAUAAUGAAUCCACUA